AUCUCAAUCCCUACUGAGCUUCAAUUGCUUGACAUUUCCACCCUCCCAUCUCCCCACUCCUCUCUUCCCUUUUCCUUUUUGUGUUUAGAGCAGAGUACGACUCUUCAUAUAAUAUAAUGUCCGCUAAAGCCGAAUCUCCCGCGCCCGCUGCUCCUCAGCAGCUCAGCGGCCUUGCUCUCUACUCCAGAUUCGCCUUCGCUGGUGCUGUCUGCUGUUCCGUCACCCACGGAGCUCUUACUCCUGUCGAUGUCGUCAAGACCAGAAUCCAGCUUGACCCCGUCACCUACAACCGUGGUAUGAUCGGUGGUUUCCGUCAGGUUAUUGCCAACGAGGGUGCUGGCGCUCUCCUCACUGGUUUCGGUCCUACCGCCGCCGGUUACUUCCUCCAGGGUGCUUUCAAGUUCGGUGGUUAUGAGUUCUUCAAGCAGCAGUGGAUCAACCAGCUCGGUUACGAGACUGCCUCCAACAACCGCACCGCUGUUUACCUUGCCUCUUCCGCCACCGCCGAGUUCUUCGCUGAUAUCGCCCUUUGCCCUCUUGAAGCCACCCGUAUCCGUCUCGUUUCCCAGCCCACUUUCGCUACCGGUCUCUUGAACGGUUUCGGUAAGAUCCUUAAGAACGAGGGUGUCGGCGCUUUCUACUCUGGAUUCGGUCCCAUUCUUUUCAAGCAGGUUCCCUACACCAUGGCCAAGUUCGUCGUUUUCGAGAAGGUUUCUGAGGCUAUCUACCGCAGUUUCGACAAGGACACCCUCACCGAUGGUGCUAAGACUACUAUCAACCUUGGCUCUGGUCUCAUUGCUGGUUUCGCUGCCGCUCUCGUCUCCCAGCCCGCCGAUACUAUGCUGAGCAAGAUCAACAAGACCCCCGGUGAGCCUGGUGAGGGUACCAUCUCUCGUCUCGUCAAGAUCGGUAAGGAGCUCGGUCUCCGUGGCUCCUACGCCGGUAUUGGUGCCCGUCUGUUCAUGGUUGGUACCCUGACUGCUGGUCAGUUCGCCAUCUACGGUGACAUCAAGCGUCUCUUGGGUGCCACUGGUGGUGUUGAGAUCGGCAAAUAGAUUAUUACCACAUGACUAGUUUGGUGUACUAUAUGCUACUAGAUUUGCGUUAAAAAUAUCUGUUCUCAAUAGAUUUCCCUUCGUGCGAUUUAUAUCUCUGCGAUUGCAGCUGCAUGAUAUCCACUACAAACCGGUACAGGCCGAGGAUCAUGCUAUGGGUAUGCU